AUGCCAGUGAGAAGUUCCAUUUCGUCGGAGCGGGCAAGAUGGCCAGCGCUGUCCAAGGUCAUGGGCAAUUAUACCCUCCACACAAAGGACGACGCCAAAGUCCUCACCCUGAAACAGAAAUUCGACAAAUGGAUGGUCAACGAGGGCCAUAGAAGAAUAUUUGUAUUCACAUUCAUUCUACUCCAUUUAAUGGUUUUCGGAUUCGCAUUUGUCAAUUUUUCGGUCAAGGACAACUUAGUUGGAGCAAGAACAACAUUCGGUAUCACUUAUCCAAUUGCUAGAUCUGCUGCGCUGGUUUUGCACGUGGAUGUUGCGUUAGUCCUACUUCCUGUCUGCCGAAAUUGCAUCUCGCUACUCCGCCGGACACCACUGAAUACAAUUAUCCCAUUUGAUAAAAAUAUCACCUUCCACAUGUUGACGGCAUGGUCGAUUGUAUUCUUCUCCCUUCUCCACACGUUUGCUCACUGGAACAAUUUUGCACAAUUGGCAGCGAAAACUGGACUUGGGUUCAAGGGCUUCAUGAUGGCAAAUUUCCUUACAGGUCCAGGAUGGACGGGUUACAUAAUGCUGGUUGCCCUUAUCGCUAUGGCAUGGACUGCAGUCGAGAAAUAUCGUCGGGCGAAUUUUGAGAGAUUUUGGUAUACCCAUCAUCUUUUUAUCGUAUUCUUUUUUUUCUGGUCGUUCCAUGGUGCCUUCUGCAUGAUUAAAAAUGACAGAGAACCACAAUGCGUCGGAAUCGGUGUCUUUUGGAAAUACUGGUUGGUUGGUGGAUUCCUCUACCUCUGUGAAAGACUUGCUCGUGAAAUCCGUGGCAAACACAAAACAUAUAUCAGUAAGGUUAUUGAGCAUCCGAGCAACGUCGUCGAAAUCCAAAUCAAAAAGGACCAUACGGUUACAAAAGCCGGUCAAUACAUUUUCCUAUGCUGUCCCGAGGUGUCUAUUUGGCAAUACCACCCCUUUACCCUGACAAGCGCCCCCGAGGAAGAUUACAUUUCUGUUCAUAUUAGAUGCGUUGGAGACUUCACUAAAGCGCUCGCAAAAACACUCGGGUGUACUCUGGAUAAGAAAGGCGGAGAUAGGGCACCAGCUUCGGAAAAGCCCGACAAGUCAGAUAAACGGAUGUCUCGGGUUAUCGGGGUCAACAAGGAAUCUACCACUGGUGAUAUAGACCCUGCUUUGAGAAGGGUCUUGCCUCGAGUUUAUAUUGAUGGGCCUUUUGGGUCUGCUUCGGAAGACGUAUUCAAAUACGAGGUUGCCAUGCUUGUUGGCGCUGGUAUCGGAGUCACACCAUUUGCCUCCAUUUUGAAGAGCAUUUGGUAUCGCGUCAACUAUCCCCAGAAGCGUACUAGAUUGUCCAAAGUUUAUUUUUUCUGGAUCUGGUCGCUCCUCAUGGCGAUUGAAGCACAGGAUAUUUCUCAUUUAAUCGAAGUUCACACAUAUCUUACUGCUAAAAUCAAAGUUGACGAUGCCACCAACAUCAUGAUCAACGAUGCCAAUGCAGAAAGAGAUGCAAUCACUGGUCUUCGUGCGCCAACCAACUUCGGUAGGCCGAACUGGAAUUCUAUUUUCAAGGGCAUCAAGUCGAUUCAUUCCCCUGCUGAAGUCGGUGUAUUCUUUUGUGGCCCCAAAGGACUCGGGUCCCAGCUUCAUGUUAAAUGCAAUGAGCAUUCUGAACCUGGUAUGUCGUUUGUUUGGGGCAAAGAGAACUUCUGA